AUGGCCUCCCUAGUCACCCUCCAGACCCAACCUAACACAGCCGACUACGUCGCUCUCACCUUUCUUUCUCUCGUGGGGGCUACGUUCUUAUCUCGUGGCAUUAUUUGGGACAGACCUGACCCGUACAAACAUCUUCUAUAUGAGAGACCACAGCUCAAAUAUGCCAACGGCGCGGGUGCAAAGGCCGAGCAACAGACGAGAAACAUUGCUCGUCGACUUGAGGAGACAAACUCGCCCAUUGUCGUCUUCUGGGGCUCGCAGUCCGGAACAGCCGAGUCCUUUGCCCACAGACUCGCCCGGGAGAUUACCCUGAGGUUUGGGCAGAGCACCCUCACAGCCGAUCUCAGCGACUACGACCCUGCGUCGAUUACUGAGAUCCCGUCCUCGAAGCUGGCCAUCUUCAUCCUCUCGACGUAUGGCGAGGGUGACCCGGCAGAUAACACAAUUGAGUUCUGGGAUUGGCUCAACAGCAAUGACCGGAAUGAGGAGAAGAAGCAGAAACUAUUUUCGGGGUUGAGGUACUUUGCUUUUGGCCUGGGGAACUCCAACUACAAGUUCUACAACCGGAUUAUUGACCGUGUCGUUGAGGUUCUUGAUGAGCACGGUGCCAAUGCACUUCUCCCUGUGUCGAAAGCGAAUGAUGCCAACGGGGGAACGCAGGAAGACUUUAUCUCAUGGAAGGAGUCUGUUUUUGCUUUCUUCCGUGAGUCUUUGGGUUUCACGCAGUCUGAGCUCGUUUACCAACCUACCCUUACCAUCAAGCCUGAUGAAACCAUCGAGGCAUCUGCUCUUCACCGCGGCGAGCCUCGUCACUCGCCGAGCCCUGUUGCUAUUCCCAUCACGGAGAUUAGACAGCUGUUCGAGCCUACCUCAGAUAGACACUGCCUGCAUCUCGAUUUGGAUAUCUCGUCCACCCCCGACGUGGUCUACAAGACUGGAGACCACCUCGCUGUUUGGCCGUCGAACCCAGACGAAGAGGUCGACCUGCUUCUUCAGAUGCUGGGCCGUACCAGUGAGGCAGACACACCUAUCUCCAUCUCCGGUAUCGAGGGCGCAGAAGAGGACACUGCGAAGAAGGUGCCCUCUCCAACAACCCUUCUCGUCCUCCUCCGUCACUACCUCGAAAUCACCGCCCAGAUCCCACGAGACAUCCUUUCCACGCUUGCCCCCUUCGCCCCAACAGAAGAGGCAAAGUCCUUCCUUACAACCCUAGCAAACGACAAGGAGGCGUACGCCAACUUCACAAGACGAACCCAUCUCACACUUGCGCGAGUACUCGCCGCCUCAUCCGGCAACCAGCAAUGGGCCGAUCUCCCCGUCUCAUACAUCCUCGAAACCCUCCCAUCACUACAACCCCGCUACUACUCCAUCUCCAGUAGUAGCGUUGUCUCCCCACGUAAAAUCUCACUCACCGUCCUCGUCCUCUCCACCCCACUAGCCGAGAACACCGCUGUCUCAAUACCAGGCCUCACAUCAACAUACCUCCUCUCCCUCGCCGACACUCCACAGACAAACCAAAACACCAUUCCCCCAACGUACACAAACACCCUCCUCCCACUCACAGACGCCAAUGAAGCCAGCGGCAGCAACAGCAGCGGACCACGAAGAAAAAUCCUCGCCAACCUGCGCCGCUCAACAUUCAAGCUCCCGCGCCUACAAACAGCGCCCCUAAUCCUAGUCGCCGCAGGCACAGGCCUAGCCCCCUUCCGCGCCUUCCUACACGAGCGGCGCCAGCUCCUUAAAAUCGGCCGCGACGUCGGCAACAUGCUCCUCUUCUUCGGCUGUCGCCGCCCAGAUGAAGACUUCAUCUACAAGGCUGAGCUUGAAGAGAUGCAGGCUGCAUUCGGGAGCCAGUUAAAAAUCAUUACGGCGUUCUCGCGUGAUCCGGGCUCCGAGAGGAAGUAUGUCCAGGAUUGCGUUGUUGAACAGAAGAGUGAUGUUUGUGAGAUUCUGGUUGAGCAGAGGGGGAAUCUUUAUAUCUGUGGACGGGCCGGGAUGGCGAGGGAGGUUGAGAAGAGGGUUACGGCUUUCCUUGGGAGUGAGAGGGGAUGGAGCGAGAAGGAGACUGAGGAGUGGGUUAGGGGUAUAAAAAGGAGGAAUAAGUGGCAGGAGGAUGUUUGGGGAUGA